ACUCUCGGGAGAGUCGGGAGUGUCUAGACCCCCGGCGCGACGUUCCGAGGGACGGACGGCUCUAGAACGUGGUUUGAGGGUGGGGCGGACGCGUGUCGCCGAGCAGCCUCUCCCCCGCGAGCUCGCGAGUGGUCCGCGCCGGGAGCGCGCGCGCCGCUUGAAACGCGGGGCGAGCAGGGCGCUGUGACAGCUGUGGGCCGCAGCUCCUGCCGCAGUGCUGGGCGCGAGGUGCCAUGGAUCCCGAGACCCGCGAACUGCGCGCCCUGGAGGCGGAGGUGGCGGCGCUGCGGCGGGAGUGCAGUAUGCUGCGGAAGCCCUGGGAGGAGACGUCGGGAGCCCGAAAAUCACUUCAAAAAUUUCCCCAGUCAGAUUCUGAGGGAUGGGAAUCCUUGAAAGACCUGAAAAGUCAGCUUGGACAUUUAAAAUCUGAACUUUCAUUUCUAAGUCAACUUACUGGCAUCAAUAUAAGAAAUUAUUCCAAGAUUGAGGACAUUACAAACACUGAAGUGACGGAAAAGGAUACAAAGAAAGUUCUACGGAGACACAGAUUAUCAGGAAAUUGCAACAUGGUUACAUUUCAACUGGAAUUUCAGGUUCUGGAAAUUGAGACUAAAGAGAAAUUAUCUUCUAUUAUAACUGACCUCAGCAUAAUAAUGGAACCAACAGAAUAUUCAGAAUUAAGUGAAUUUGCAUCUAGAGCAGAAGAGAAAAGAGAUUUGCUCAUGUUUUUUCGAAGUCUACGUUUUUUUGUGGAGUUGUAUGAAUAUCGUAAGAACACAUUUAAUCAUUUUAAGGAGAAGUACCCAGAGAGCGUGUACCUCUCAGAGGGCACCUGUUCCCACUGCAUGGAGAUCCGCAGUGCCAGACAGCCAGGGUUUGAACUGGUGAUUGUUUGGAGGAUACAAAUAGAUGAGGAAGGGAAGGUUUUCCCGAAGCUGGAUCUUCUCACCAAAGUCCCAGAGAGAGCCCUGGAGCUGGACAAGAACAGGGUCAUAGAAACUGCUCCUCUGAGUUUCCGAAGCCUGCUAGGAGCACUUGGAAUUGAAGCUGCUCUAGACAGCCUGAUACAAUUGCUUUGUGUGGAAAAUGACUAGUUUCCUGCUGGCAAGCAUAAAGGAAUAAGAUGCUGGGCUGAGGAACAUAUGACUUACGUUGAGUAUGAACAUUUGCUCUUUUCCAACUAGAAACCACAUCCUUUGAACAUGCUUUUGUGUGUACUAGUGGUACAUUACAUAGAACUUCCAUGGCAUAGAAAUAAAGCUUUUCAGAUAUGUUAAAAGCA